CCACUGUGCCUACUAGGCUAAAAUUUUGAGUUUAUUUAUUUUUUUUUUUUUAAUAUUUUUGUUUUGCAUUUUGUUUGCCUAGGAGCAGAGCCAAAUGCUGGCGGCGGUUGGCGUUGCUGAUGCUUUAUGAGAUGCCUCAGUUAGUUAGAUGACAGCACCAGCAAUGCCAACAGCCAUGGCAACGCUCCACGUAAAUCGAACACUAGUUGAAUGGAGUCCGAUCUACGGACGCUACCUGGUGGCCCAACAGAACACGUCUGGUCACAGUCUACUUAUUGAAGAACUUCCCUUUGCUGUGGGACCCAAGAGUCAGGGCGGAGUUGUUUGUCUUGGUUGCUAUAGCCCGGAGCUAGAGAAUUGUUGCCCGCAAUGUGGUUGGCCUUUGUGUGAAGAGUGCUCCAAGAUUGAGGAUAAUGUACAUAAACAAAUGGAGUGCAGGAUAUUUAAAGAGGCAAAGGCACGAUUUUAUAGGAUAGCAAAUGGUGGCCAGUGUCCUCAACUGGACUGCAUUAUGCCACUUAGGGUUCUUUUGGCGAAGGAGCAACAACCAGAGCGUUGGGAGAAAGAUGUGGCUCCCAUGGAGCAUCAUGAAGCCGAACGUCGUGAAAACUCUGAUAUUUGGCAUGCAGAUCGUGUGAAUAUAGCCCAAUACCUACGCGGUCCCUGUAAAUUGGCUUCACGCUUCAGUGAGGAAUUGAUAAUGCAAGUUGUAGGUAUAUUGGAAGUGAAUGCUUUUGAGGCUCGUACAACUGUGGGUUAUCCCUUGAGAUGUCUAUAUCCAUACACGGGAAUAUUAGCUCACAAUUGUGUACCCAAUACGGCCAGAUCGAUAUAUCCCAGCGAGAAUUACAAAAUCCGUCUAUAUGCCAUGGUUGAUCUCGAGGCCAAUCAACAGUUGCAACAUAGUUACACUUACACCCUGGAUGGCACUGCUCAGCGCCAGAAGCAUCUGCUCGAGGGUAAAUAUUUCAAAUGUCGAUGCCAACGUUGCCUCGAUCCCAGCGAGAUGCAAACACAUUUCUCCAGUCUAAAGUGUGGACAGUGUACCGAGGGUUAUUUACUGCCCCGAAAUCCCACGGAUACAGACACCAGUUGGCAUUGUCGUAGUUGUGAUAAUAGCAAUAGCAACGAGGAAACACAACGCAUUCUCAAUGCUCUUCAGGCCGAAGUGAAUGGCGUGCAAUCUCUAGAAAUGGGUGCAAAACGCUUGGAGGAAUCGGAGCGCCUACUGCGCAAAUAUAAAUCGCUGCUACAUCCUCUGCAUUACAUAGCAAUUGGCUUAAAGCAACUUCUAAUCGAAAUGUACGGCCGGGUCCAGGGCUAUGAGAUGGUACAAUUAAACGACAAUCAUUUGGAACGCAAAUCCGAACUGUGUCGUGAUGUCCUCAAGGUGUUGAACAUCUUUGAGCCUGGACUAAGUCGAUCGCGUGCCAUGAAUCUGUAUGAGCUGCAUGUGCCUCUGGUUCUGCUGGCCAAAAGUGGCUUCAUCGCUAGCAAAUUAAAUGGUGGCGAGCUGCGUGCUCGUCUUCUGGAAGCCAUUGACCUACUGAAGGAAUGUGUGGAUAUUCUGCAACAUGAGGAUAAAUCCUCACAAGAGGGUGUUCUCUGUGGAGUGGCCAAAAAGGCUUUGGAGCAACUAACAAUUAGUGUGGAAGGACUUGGCAAUGAAUUGGAUUAAGUCCUUAGCUAAUCUAGUCCACAUUUUAGAAUACAUAUAUAAUUUUAUAGAUGGAUACAAAAUUUUCUCUACCGAAUCAUGUUUUGCCAAUCUUAACUUCAAUAAAUCAAAAAGUAUUGGAACCAACUA